AGUGAUUUUCACAGAUAGGCCUCACCAGAAUGGAGUUAAAAAGGGAGCCAAUCCGUUCUCUUUAGUACUGACGACUGUGACUGAAUGUGGUUAGAAUACAAUCCAAUGAGAAUGUCAUGGAAACAAGGGAGAGUAUUGUAUUCUAGUAUCUGGAAGUUGUAGAGUUGGCGCACUGCAAAGGAUAGCCAGUCAGGAGGGGGAUGAUAGGAAGGACAAAUUCCCUCUGUUUGGUUACUGAACACCAGGAGGAGAGCAGCGGUACAUCUGUCCAGACCUGAAGCAUGCCGUAAGACAUGGGCUCCCGCAGCAGUAGCAACGCUGGCUCAGGGGGCCGUGACAACCAGGGCAGCUGGUCACAGAGGGAUUCGGGGAGCCUGCGCAGCGAGGAAGAGGACGACGAGGAUGUGGAUCUGGCCCAGGUACUGGCAUAUCUACUGCGCAGAGGACAAUUUCACCUGAUGCAAAGUGGUGGAGCAGCCAGUGUCCGGGUGUUCCAAACCCUCUCUGAUUCAGACGAUGACAAUGAUAAUGCAUGGGAAGGGAGGCUUGGAGAUCAGUACAAACCCACAGUGGAUCUGAGGCCGGACACCCGAGACCUGGAGUGCAAUGAGAUCAAAACACGCAUCCAGCUGGCAACAGGCAGGCUGGGCUCCAGACGAGCCGAGUGUAGUAUCCCCAAACUUCUUUACCAGAGGGAGCGUGGCCUUUGUCAUAACAGCAGUUUCUCUCCUGGCGAAUGCUCACGGGUGGUGUCUCAUUUUCUACCUAAUCACUUGGCCUUCACAGACUCGUAUUCCCAGAAGGCUUUCUGUGGAAUCUACUCCCGUGAUGGACGACUCUUUAUGUCAGCUUGCCAAGAUCAGAGAAUCCGCUUAUAUGAUUGCGCCUAUGGAGCAUUCCGGAAGUUCCGGAGCGUCAAAGCCCGAGAUGUUGGUUGGAGCGUUUUGGAUGUAGCCUUCACUCCCGAUGGGGCCCAUUUCCUUUAUUCCAGCUGGUCAGAUUACAUUCACAUUUGCAACAUUUAUGGUGAGACUGAUACCCACACAGCACUGGAUCUGAGACCGGAUGAGCGCCGCUUUGCUGUCUUUUCCCUUGCUGUCUCCUCAGAUGGAAGAGAAGUGCUUGGCGGGGCCAACUAUGGCUGUGUCUAUGUGUUCGACAUGGAGCAGAAUAAACGGACACUCAAGAUUGAGUCCCAUGAAGAUGAUGUGAAUGCGGUGGCCUUUGCAGACAAUAGUUCCCACAUCUUGUUCUCUGGGGGCGAUGAUGCCAUUUGCAAGGUGUGGGACCGCCGCACCAUGAGGGAGGAUGAUCCCAGGCCGGUGGGGAUUCUGGCUGGGCACCAAGAUGGAAUCACCUUCAUUGACAGUAAAGGCGAUGCGCGGUAUCUCAUCUCUAACUCGAAGGACCAGACCAUUAAGCUGUGGGACAUGCGGAAGUUCUCUGGCAACGAGGGACUAGAAGCCUCCCGCCAAGCCGUUACACAACAGAACUGGGAUUAUCGUUGGCAGCAGGUGCCCAAAAAAGCACGUCGCAAGUCCAAACUUCCUGGCGACACCUCCCUCAUGACCUAUCGGGGCCAUGGGGUUCUCCAUACGCUCAUCCGCUGUCGUUUCUCGCCACCUCAAAGUACCGGCCAGCAAUACAUCUAUAGUGGCUGCUCCACUGGGAAAGUUAUUGUAUAUGACCUCCUGAGUGGCCACAUAGUGAAGAAGCUUACCAACCACAAGGCUUGCGUCCGAGACGUCAGCUGGCACCCCUACGAGGAGAAGAUUGUCAGCAGCUCGUGGGAUGGGAACAUACGACUCUGGGAGUACCACCAAACGGAAUACGACGAAGAUGACCUUGGGGACCCCCAGCAACUCCCCAGCACCAGAGAGCUGCGCUCCAAGUCCUCAGGAGCCACUGAGCAGUAGCCUUGCCUCGCUGCUUGCUGCCAUUCUUCGAUUGUGGACUUGCCGUGGGGCGGGGAGGGGAAGGGAAAGGGGGGAAGUCUAUCUUGUAUUGCCUGUUGCCUUGGAAAACAUAGCGGGGAGGGUAAUGAGGGGUGACAUCACGUACCCCAUCAAAUUGUAGCUCUUUUCUCACUGAAAAUGGAAAAAUCUGAGGACCAGGCGAAGCAGGCGCCAUCCUGUGUCUUGCUCUGCAGUCAGCUGUGGGGAAGUAAACUGGGAAUGUGUUGCAAUUUCUUUGGGGGGCCAUUGGGAUUGAGUUUUGCAAUUCAAGAAUCCUCCUUGGUCCUCAAGGGAUUUUUUUUUUUUGAAGGAAGGAAAUGAAAAAAAAAAUCAUGGACAGGUAUAAAGCCAAACUGCUCCACCAAUUUUGGUUUUGUGCAUUCUAGGACAUGUAUCUUUCUCCAUCCCAUACCUGUUAGGGUUGGGCUGUAAUAUGUUCCAGGCUAGCUGGAUGAUUUUGUAUAAAAGGCACAAAAGGGGGAACGGUCUUUUUCCUCCCUAGGUUUUAUGUUUUGGGAAUACUGGGAGUAGCAGCAUUUGGCUGCAGCUGGCACCAUUUCCUCUCUGGGGCCAAGCAAGUCAAUAGGGGAAGAUAAUUUAGCAACUACCUUUCUUUCAGCGUCAAGGUGCUUCUGUGGGGCUGGAGCUCUUUCUCCUUGAGUCAGGAGUAAUAAAGUCCUUUGGGGACACAUCUUUAGCUCAUCCACCACCCACUGCUUGCAGAUAUUUUAUCUUCUCUGCAAAUAGGGGCAGAAAUAGAUUGCAGCAGAAGGGACAGUUGGGCCAAGGGGAAGCCUUCUCCUGGUAGUAUAUAUCCAGCUUUCCCUUCUGCGUGUUUCUGCUCUGUUGUCCUUGACUGACCGCUGCCUCCAGCUCAGAUCGGCCCCUUUCCUCGAGUAAUCCUCUUCAAGGAUCUCUUCCCACCUUUACAAGUGUCAGGUUUCUUAUGAGGUGGCCGUGAGAAUCAUCCGGCUGCCCCUUCCCCUUUCCCACCCUAAUUGUGUCCCCAUUUCCCGGGAUGCAAGAGAAGGCUCCUUUUGAUUAAUUUUGUUCUCCCUUGUGAGGUUUUUACACCUAUUUCUCCGAUAUUAAGGGGACAGGGGAAAGUGCAGUAUGAUGAGGUUUCCUUUACCAUACACGUCAAAUAAGCUGUUCUUGUUUUGAGGUUUGGGGUAGGUAGGGAGGGAACAUCCUAGCUAAAGUUCUCCAUUUGUAGGGAGAGCCGUCUUUCCGACCCUUUAGCAAAAGCGGGGGUUGUUAGCACCAGGCGUAAGGGAGCGCCUCCUUUCGUGGGGUUUGGCACGCUCCCAUCCACCUGUGCAAACUGCUGUCUGUGUCAAAUAAAAGUUACUGAAAUUUUC